AUGAUAGGCCACCCAAGUUUUAAAUGCGAGAAACCAUUGAUUAAAUGUACGAAUUGCGAUAGGAUUGGUCACCAGUUGUCAAACUGUUAUAGAAACAAAAACAAGGAAGUUUCUAGUAACACCUUCGCCAACAUAAACGAAAAACAGGUUUCUAAACUUAGUGUAACCGGUAAAACUAAUGAUAAAUAUGUAAUGGAUGUGAAAGUUAACAAUAAAACAUUUCAAUGUCAUUUGGAUUUGGGUAGCCAAUGUUCUCUUAUGAGAGAAACUGAUGCUAAGUUACUAGAUGUGAAUAUAAUGAAAAACGCGGAGUUGCCUACCUUAAGGGGUAUUGGUGCAAAUCUUGUUCGACCACUGGGAUUGAUAAUAGCCGCCGUAGAAGUGCAGGAUAUCAAAGAAGUCAUCGACAUAUAUGUGGUACAAGAUUACGUUUUGAGCUAUGCAUUGUUACUGGGUCAUUCGUUCUCUGAGAAACCGGAGAUAGUGAUUACCAAAACUCCAGAUGAGAUUAUAUUUUAA